GAACGGCCUUCACGGAGAUGGCCAGUCCCGCCGCAGGUCGCCACGCGCCGAACGCUUCACCGCGGGAAGAGCCGGAGCCCGUGGAGCCGAACCAUCCCGAACCUGCCUGUCAGGAGGCACAGAAAUGGAUAGAGGCUGUGACGGGGAAGAGCUUUGGAGACAAAGACUUCCGCAGUGCACUGGAGAACGGCAUCCUGUUGUGCGAGCUACUGAGUGCAAUCAAACCCGGGCUGGUGAAGAAGAUCAACAGGCUGCCCACUCCCAUUGCAGGGCUGGACAACCUGUCUGUCUUCCUGAGGGGCUGUGAGGAGUUGGGCCUCAGGGGCUCCCAGCUAUUUGACCCCGGGGACCUGCAGGACACCUCCAUACGAGCUAACCUAAAGGACUCUGACUGCAACCGCAAACUAAAAAAUGUGCUCAACACGGUGUUCUGGCUGGGGAAGGCCGCCGGCGGCUGCGCCUCCUACAGUGGGCCUAAUCUCAACCUCAAGGAGUUUGAAGGGCUGCUUGCUCAAAUGAAGCUGGAGACUGAGGACGUAGGAGAGAGUCCACAGAACCGCAGCGUCAGAGACAGUGGCUAUGACUGCUGGGACUCUGAGAGGAGUGAGUCCCUCUCUCCACCGCGACACACGCGAGACAACUCUCUAGACAGCCUCGACUCCUUUGGCUCCCGAUCACAGCACAGCCCGUCUCCCGAUGUGGUCAAUCGAGUCAACAGUGAAGGACGAGUAAGCGACUCAGAGGCCGACGCCCACAGCAGGAAGCCAGACGUGCGCAAGGACGACAUGCUGGCCAGGCGGACAGCUAGCAGCGAGUCAAAGAGCUCCAUCCCAUUUAACCAGUUUCUUCCCAACCGAGCCAACGCCAGCUCCUACGUCCCCAUAGGGCGCCGAAAACCGCAAGCUGAUGAGGGAGAGCAGCGGAGUCUCUCGGAGCAGAGCAGAAAAACUGCACUGCAGCAUAAAUCUCUCAAGACCGUCACUUGGGCGCCUCCGAACUGUGGAGAAACCCCAAAGCAGGAGGAGGAGAAGGUUUCCCAGGAAGUGUUGGAGCGGAGUAGGCUCCAGAAGCUGGAGAAGGCCGGGAUUAAAGUCCUGCCUGCUGCGGUUCGCUACAGCAGCCCCAGCACUCCCACCGCGGAGGAACAGGAAGUGAGGCCGCCGUCCCCAAACAUCAUCCUUCGCCGUGACAACGACUUUCUGAGCUCCCAGAAGUCCGCGUGGGAUUCCUCAUCCGAGGAGGAGGCGGAGGCGCAGAAGGUGCCGGACGUUCGCAGGGACGACCUGGCGUCCAGACGAGCUCAGCGUGGCCCCGUUGCUCCCAGGGUGCACCAGUUCGUCCCUCCGCCCGUAUGUAGCACGAAAGAUCAGGAGCGCUGGGAGGGCAUCAGGCGAGCCUCACAGCAGACGCUGCAGGAGAAGGAGAGCAGCGAGAGGGAGGCGGUCCCCGACAUCAUUACACGCAGAGACAACCCCUUCCUGAAGCCUAGUCCUCGUCAGGAGGAGGACGAGGGCGAGGAGGACGAGGGACAGCUUAGGCCGGUGCCUAACAAGCAGAAAGAUGACUUGGCUCAUAGGCGAGCUCAGAGUAGGCCCAUCGCUCACAGGGACGGGGCCACGCGCUUCGUUUCUGCCUCAAUGAGCCACGCAGACAUGCAGAAGUGGGGGAGACUCAGGAUGACGGAACCCAGUGAGGCCAGUCCAGCCUCUGUGUGCCAGGCUUGUCUGCAGAAAACCUACGGCGGUGCCUCAAGCAGGUCAGCAAAAGCUGGACGGGAUCACGGCAAGGUUGUGACCUUUGGGGGCGUGACUGAGAUCGAGCGGCCGGUAGACGCUGUCAUGUCAAGUGAGGGGGAGGAGACGGAGUUGCUCCGGCGACUCCUUUCCAAGGCCGCUGUAGCCGUGCCCGUCGUCGGCCUGGGCUCCCGGCUCUCGCAGCGGGAACGCAGCCAGGUAGACGGAGCCGACCCCUGUCACCCUGCAAUUCCCCCGGCUCCCCGCACACCCUGGACCCCCUCCACCCCCGCUGAGCUAGACGCAGGCCUGGCUCAGUACGAACAGAGAACAGAGGAGGAGGACGACGAAGAGGAGGAGAGGAUCCCAGAUCUUCGGAAGGAUGACAUGAUGGCGAGGAGGACCGGUGCUUUUAACAAGCAGAACGUGACAGUGUCCUACAACCGUUUCCUGCCUCUGCCCGGCCUCAAACGCUGCACACAAGGAGAGGACAUGGCUGAUGCUGCCCCAAAAAGCAAGAGGGAAGCGCAGGCAGACGGGAGCAAGAAACUGACCGUCAGGAGUGUUUGCCCUAAAGCGGAAGCGGCUCAGCCACAUCCGGACGCAGCGGUGAUUCGAUCCGCGCCCCACAGCGAACGUGAACGCGAUGAGGACGACGGUGCGUGCGGUGAGAACGAGCCCGUGCCGGACCUGGAGAAGGACGACAUGAUGGCUCGCAGGACUGGAGCCUUUCAAGCACCCGUUGUAGCCAGAGCUAAUCAGUCCUUCAAUCAGUUCCUUCCCAUGCCGGGAUCGGUCAAAUAUAACAUCAGCCCAGUGUCUGCAAUGAAGCAGAUCCACAGAAGCCCUAAAUCCACAGGGAACGUGGCCAGUGGCAGCAGCACUGUCACCGUGGCAGCAGAACCUCAAAGCCCGUCCUCCAAAGCCCCAAACAGCAGCAGGUGUGAAGGGCAGACCGGAGAACGGGCAGUGGUGGGAGGAAAACAGGAAGGAGACGUGAAAAUCCCCAAGGAACCAGUCACUGUGGCUGAACCACCUUCUCCUUCACCACUCCCACCUUCACUCAGCCCUGCUGUCCCAGUCUGCAAAGUGGAGGCAGACUUGGAAAGACAGCGUUCCGAGGAUAAGGUUGAAGAAUGUGUGGAAGAGAGAAAGAGGGAUGUGAAUGAGCAAGCGGCAAAGAAACCCUUCUGGCUGCUGGAAGAUGAGCUCCCUCCCAUGAUGAUGAGCCGGCGAGUUACUUUUAUGUCUGAGGACACAGAGAGUGUGAGCCUGGGGGACAUGCUUAACGAGGAGGAGGUGGGACACAUGCCGCAACUGAGCCAAUCACGGUACGAGCGCAUGCACGAACAGUACAACAGCUUCCUGGAGGACGAGGACCACUGGCAAAAUGACCUGGCCCGCUGGAAGAACCGCCGCCGCAGCACGUCCCAGGAGCUGAUCAGGAAGGAGGAAGAGAGGAAGAGGAUAGAGAAAAGGAUGAAGGGACCUGACGGGAAGAGGAAGAGCAUUAAGACCUACAAAGAGAUUGUGGAGGAGAAGGAGCGCAGAGAGGAGGAGUUGUGUGAAGCCUACAGGAAUGCAGCCACUCCAGAGGAGGCAGCCAUGGUCCUGCAGCGCUACGCUCUUCGCUUCACCAUCAGCGACGCCAUUCUGGACAGCCUGAAACUGCCGAGGGCCACCUCCACACCUCGACCAGACCUAAAUCAGUCGAACGAGGAGCACAAGCCCUCAUCACCAAUGACGGACUCUGAAACAUCUGACCCUCAACACAAAUCAGAACCAGCUGCUACGUUAGAGGAGCGACAGGUGAAGGCAGGUGACGCUGAGGCCCCCGGCUCCCCAGCACCCGACAGCCUUCUCUCCACAGUCACAAAGUCGGAUAAUAAACCGCCUCAAACGUUAGAGCUUAAUGAAGUUCAGGCCAAACACACUAGCAGACCUCCAGCAGAACUGAUCUCAGGAGGUGCUCCGACUGAAACCAACCACGCUCCACCUCAGAGGAGACCAGUGCAGCCUCACACAACUCAGCCGGUUCAGACCCUCCCCUCCCCCUCCCCUCCGUGUGUGCCCCCCAGGCCUGUCCCCCUGCUGGCAGCCAAGCCCUACUGCCAGCCCAAGAACGCACAGCCUGGACACAAGCCUGUGAAGAUGGACGGUUUAGUGCGAGUAAACGGAGAACCAGCGGACACUUCCACACCUGCGUCUUCUCAGCAUUUACCUCAGGAGAUUAAAGACAUUGCCCCCAAACACUCCGAGAAAGACCUCACACCCAAACAGAUGGAGAAAGACGUUACACAGAAACAGACGCAAAACAAUGUUCCACCUGGGGAGACAGAGAUAAAAACGGAGACUAGCCAUCAGCCAUCAGCACCACCGACAGAGAAACCAAGCUCGUCUUCAGGCUCCGCCAUCAGCUCCCUGAUUGGAGGCCGAAACUGUGUCAUCACAACCACCAUCGUCACAGAACUCACGCAGACUCUGGUGGAGCCUUUUCAUCCAGAUAUCCAGAACAAUGAACAGGUGAACGGCACCACAGCCUCGUUUGGGCAACCAGCAGAGGAGAAGGUGGCUCAGCCAGCGACAGACAGCAGCGAGCAGGAACAUCCUCCCACUGUCAUGGAAGGACUGGAGGAGAGCAGUGUUUCUAUUGAAACCCCCAUGUUGAACUUGGCUAAACGUGUAAAUCACUGGGUCUGGGACCCCAAUGAGGAGCGUAAACGCCUGGAAAGGUGGCAGCAGGAGCAGGAGCGCCUCCUACAGGUACCCCGGUGGAAUAGCGUGCACGUGCAUGGCUCCGUCAACAGAAGACACAAGCUGCACUGGUUGCGUGUCAUAUGUGGGAGUGCGGUGAUCAGCUUAUACACUGUGUCUCUGCAGGAGCAGUAUCAGAAAGAACAAGAGAAACUGAAGAAGGAGUGGGAGAAAGCCCAGCUGGAGGUGGAGGAGGAGGAGAGGAAACACAACGAAGAGGAGAGACGUAUUCUAGAGGAGACUGUAACGCCCCUCAGUCCUACGGGCUUGUUGAUCCAGCCGCCGGGCCAAGCAGAGAUGAAUUCAGCAGCUCCAGAAAACAUCAGUGCAGAGAAAAGGAACCUUCCACCGCAGCAAAGCAGCCAAAGAAUCUCCAUGGGGAGCGAGGAUCAGCACGCGUCCAAGCUGCACUUUUUCCAGGAUUCUGCACGUGAUAGUGAGCCGUCAAAGAAACAGGAGCUGUGGAAAACGUCCUCCUUGGACCGAAACUCCCAACUAAACCAGGCCCAAGCUGUUAAAAGGUCUGGAUCCUAUGAUGUGGUAUCAGACAAGCAGCAGUCCUCCUCAUCGUUACCACAGCCUCCUUCACCCAGCAGGUGUGUUAGUGGGAAGAGGCUUUGUUCUGGUUGCUCUCAACCUCUGGGGAAAGGAGCUGCCAUGAUUAUCGACACACUGGGUCUCUUUUUCCACGUACACUGUUUCAAGUGUGGAGUGUGUGAUGGGCAGCUUGGUGACGCAACUGCAGGAACUGACGUGAGGAUUCGUAAUGGGCUGCUAAGCUGUCAUGAGUGCUACAUUGCAUCUCGGGGCAGGGGGCAGCCCACCACUCUAUGAUGACCUGUACUUCAACUGGAAUCAAUCACUGUCAAAGUCAGUGAUUGGACAGAAACCGAUUUCAAGAACGUCAAUGUUCACUCUCUGGAACAGUCUGGGAAUCAUGCUUCUGUUUUCCUGCAAAGCACAAACAGCUUUAUGAACAUUUUAAAUAACGUGUGGACUAAAUGACACAGCAUCAUGCGUAUACAAUACAAUCUUCUUAACUACUCACAUGUAUACACUUCUUUUCAAUAUGUGUAGCAUGGGCGUAAUCAAGAAAUUUGUGUUUAAGUUUUUGCACAUCCUUCACUGUCGACAAUAAGAACCUGUUCUGAAGCAAGCCUAACAUUAUGCUAUGAGCUUAACACGUUGAUUUAAUAAUCCCUGCUUCUGCACUGAUCAUGUGACUCUACUCUCUUUGGAGUGUGCCGUGAAUUGGUGUGGGAUGGAUGCCCUGAAGUAGCUUGACCAUUAUAAUGCCUUACUCAUCAUACCUUGUCAUUUAUUUUGUGUUUACAGUUUUGCAUGAAGGAAGGACAUAAAUAAAUUUUUGUGAAUGUUAGUCUAGUAGAUAGUAAAUGUUUGACAUAAGUUAUCUUUUCAAGUCUUGUUGUACAUCAUGCUAUUUUUAAAAUAUUUCUGCAUCUCAAAAAGUAAACAGGUUUUUUUCCUUUAUAGUUCAUUAUACAGGAAUGAAAAUGCAUGUUGUUUGGUAAUAAUAUUUAGAUUUAGAAGUAUUUUCUCUUUAAGAUAUUUUAGCCAUUUAGUUUAUUCUCACAGACUAACUGCAUCUGAAUCAGUGCCUUAUGUAAUGAAUGCGAGGGCUUGUGUACGUGCAGGAUUAGUUCACACCCACACAGAACAGAGUCUUGGCACAUUGUGUGUGUGUUUGUAAUGAGUGUGUUAUGUGUGUAUGAAAAAAUGCAUGUCCAACAUGUGUAUGUAUGCAGUGUGUGAUUUGACUUGAAGCACAGUUCCAUACCAGCAAAGAAAUGAAACGGGCCUCUCUCAAUCACCUGCUUUUUCCUCCAUCAUGAGCUAAACCACCUACGCAAAGUGAUUUGCUGCUUUCCUGUUUGAUAUUUCACAUAUUAUAUUAGGUUAAAUCCAGAAAUCUCUCCAUGUCUGCCUUUGUCACAAGUGUUGCCUCCCCGGAGUUUGAGCUGAACUCCUCUGCUCUGUGUCAUUGCCUCGGUCUGGAGAGUAACAGCGUCUUCAUCGCUCAGAGGAAUGCUAAGAAGGCUCAGUUCAUUGUCUUUUAUAGCAAGUCUAUGUUUAUCAAUAAAAUAUUUUAAGUGGA